GUCUUUAUGACCCUUAUCCAUGAAAAGCCUUUGUCGGAACCACUCCUCAGUCCUCUGUUGAAUCCGGAGUAAGUAGCGGCCGGAUUGGCUGUAGGUGAAGGAUGGCUCGAGGAGCUCCCGCAGCGUGGCAUAUUCCUUUCCGCUUACUAGGCCUAGGCAUUUUCCCAGUACUUGACUCAUCAAAUAACCCGAGUCGUUGUUAUGAGCCUUAAGAUGCUUGUCUGAGUCUUGGAAGGCAGCUUUGAUGUGCUGGGGUUUGGAUACCACUCUAGGGGCUGAGGGUCAGCCUGGGUCGGUAGCACACCGCAUGACUUGAACUUACAUCUCGGGAUUGGUGCCGGCCCAGAUCCUAUAGCAGCCUCCCAACUCAGUACCCCACGACUCGCUGUUUUCCAUGCCAUCGAGAAAUUUGGCAACGUCUCCCUGUCCAUUAGGCCAUUUCCAAGGACAGCUUGGAAUCUGUCUGCCCGUCUGCCGGUGGGUUAUUGCAUUUCGGCGAGUAAGGAAAAACUGAAAUGCAGAAGCAAGUUAGAUCACAUAAGAUGUACCCCUUACGGAAGCCCUUACGUUAAAGAUGACCGAGACGCAAGUAGCCACCGUGCUUGUUAACGGGCUAUGGAGCUGAGAGGGUGAUUGGAAAAGAUACGCCCUACAAAGGAAGACGGCGACAGCAGCCAACGCGAAGAACCAAUAGGACAACAUCUUUGUUCGCAGCAGACUCAAGCAAAGGGUCGAGUCGAUCGUGGAAGCAGCAUUUUCAUGUCUACUCUACGCAGACGGAGAGGACACCGACUUCCUCUCAUGUUCAUCGUGCUCAUCGCGUACUGGUGCGUUGUAAAUGAGAGAUCUCUGGCCGACCGGCCCGAUCUAGAGGUACAUGAAUCUCUUUUUUGGGGGCCUCUGCGAUGGCGGCUUAAGUUAUAGCAGUGGCACGUUUGCGCCGCGAGGCAGAUGCUAGGUUUAAUUGCCUGCGCGGCAUUGGUGCACGCUCCACAACGACAACAGGUGCAGUUCGUGGGAGGUUCUUCAGUUGGAAACAAAACAGACUCUAAAUGCCAUCAACUUUUCAAGGACGGUGUCGAUCAGCGGAGGAGCGACAGGCUGAUUGGUUGAUCCGAGUGAUAUGAGGACCUUUAACAUGCCAAGAUGCCGGUAGGAUCAGGACAAAUCAAGGUCCUGUUUCACGAUAUUUCUCGAUUGUAUAGGAUUGUGCUGAUGGCUAGAGAAUGGAGCAUGGGCAACUCAACCUCUCAGUGCACAGCAGUCAAUGGUUAGCAAAGAGGGUCUAACUGCCUACUUCGCUCCAUGACUCCGCUUCGCAGCAUCAGCAUUGAGCCUAGAGCUCCUUUUACAUAGCCUGCCCGCUUCAAUGUGGUCUUAGACAGGAUCUGGUAUGUACGAGAGACGUGUAGAUCGGACAGGUACUUCUACCUAAGCGUGCCCCCCAGAUCCUGGGAUGCCGCCGGAGUCUACUUGGGAACAAUUCUAUGUAUCCUUUGAAAAAUUCCAAGUAAGAGCUGAUGUCGGUCCGCGUGUAAGAUUGCUGACACCGCUCCCCGGACUCUCGAAAUGGAUCCUCCAAGGCAGCCUGCCCGCCUUCGAGCCGCGUGCAACAGCUGCCAUGCCGCCAAGGUCCGGUGCAGCGGAGAGAAGACGGGGUGCAAAAGGUGUCGUGAGCUUGGAUGCGAGUGCGUCUAUGUCGAGUCCAUGGUGGGCAGAACCCGAGGACGACAUGCCCGGGAUGCUGCUCGUGUCGAUGCUUCACGCCGAAAGAACAGCUGCUCACAGGCACCCUCUCCAAGCGCAGCUAAUGUGCUUGCGAGCAGACCUGUACCUCAAGCUCAGCAGCCUUGUCAAGACAAUCUACAGUGGUCGUCCAUACCUACGCUCCCGGAAGGGCGAUCAUCCGUUUGUAGUGACAUUGACUUUAGCUCCCACGACUCCUUUUCCGAACGACCUCCCGGCGAAAGCUACUACAAUGCCGACCUGUUUUCGGAAUUGCUGGAUGACACAUCUUUGGAAUUCUUCAAUGACCAGGGCCACCAUACUACUCCCUACCUGCCAAACCACACGCCAAAAGGGGAUGUGAUUGAGGCUGUGCGUACAAGCACUGCAGCAGAGACACCAAACCGGCACGAUGCUCCGGUACCGCCACCACCACCGCAGCCCAACAAGGUGUCUGAUUCUGUCGGCCUGGGAGAAGGCUUGAGCUCGCGGAGUCCAAACCAGAACAUCCCCUUGUCACAACAGCCAAGGGUCACGAACAACCAAGACGCCCAUGCAACGAGCUGGAAAGAUAUUGGCGCUUUUAUGAAACCCAUACAAUGCUCCAUUCCCUGCAGCUCACCGAGUGCACGAUCCCAGAACAUCAUGACGUGCGCGAGCAUUCUCAGCAGCCUGGAAGAGGUGUGUGAGUGCGUGUACGCCCUCGACGAGGCCCUUCGAAUCAACAAGGAAUCCAUGAACCAAAUCGGUCAAUUGAUAGGGAGUCCGUGCUGUCGUGAGUCUCCUAGCAGCAUGGUGAUCCUGGUCCAAGGACUACUUCAGAUAGUUGACAUGUUGGAGCGAAGUUGCACAGACGUUUAUCCGGGCUUGAAAGAAGCUUCUGCUCGACGUUGGAACACUGAUGGUCUUAAGAGACCGCCGAAUCAUCAUCAUUUCGGGGCGCGAACGAUAAGCACUGGAUUCCGAACUGCUCAGGCUGCGGCGCUUCCAGGCGUCGGGUUUGGUUGUUUCAAUCUCGACCCGGAGGAGCAGCAACUGAUUCAGGUGACGAUCAUUUCACGAGAAUUGUGCCGGACGCUCGAGGUGAUUAGAAGCCUGGCGGUACCUUUGGCCAACUUUGUCCGAGAGGGCAGAAAGGAUAUGGAAGUCACCCGCCAGGUCCUUGGAGAUCUAGAACAUAGAAUAGCUCAGAUUGAGCUUUACAUCAACUGUGGCAAGUAAAUAGAUAGAGCUACCAACGACAAAAAAGAUACCGAUGCUAUAGAUGAUAUAACUGGAGUAGAUGAGGAAGCACCAGCUGCACCCACGGAUAGCAUUCAAUCGGACAGUAUGGACAGAGCACUCGGAACCUCGUGACUAAAGCAAAGCCUUCCAAUAA